AUGCAUAGGUACACGAAAGGCCAAUCAUCGCUAAGCAGCGGACUGGAGUACAUGUUUGAUGAUUUGAUAUUUAAUUCAACCAAAGGUGCUCGUUUAAAUGCACGAAAAGCAGUCAUCGUUUUCUCCGAAAAUCAACUGGAUGUCGAUCAGAAAAUUUACUGGGAUAACCUUUCUAACCAGCUUGGUGUGGAGAUAGUGUUUAUCGGCGUACAAAAACAGACUGGCGCACAGUCCCUUAGAGUAACAGGCAUAUUAUCUUUGAUGUACAUGGAAAAUGUCAAUACUUUGAAGGAAAUAGGAAAAUUGUUGGGCACAGGUACUGUAAGUCUGUAACUGUUGAAAAAUACAAGAAAAUGUUAUUCGACUGUACUUGAUUGGUUGAUAUUUGUUCAGUUAUUAGCGUAACAGUAAAUUGCUUGCCAGUGUCUUUAGUGCGGUCUUUAUUAGGCCUACAUUCCAAGCAAAAACAAACAUACUAUCAGCCAUUACAGCCAUAUCAUUAUUUAGAUCAAUCACUAUUACCCUAUAAUAGUCACUGUCUAUAGGCUUUUUCUGAAACAUUUGUUGUUGUGACGUAUAUUACACGCCAAGAACGAAAAUAUCAAUUUUUGUUUCAAUUUUGAUGAAGCUUUCCAGGUCGAAAAGAACUGAAUACAUGAUUAGUAAGAUUUGUAUGCACGAAUAUACUGCACGAACUACUCUGUGGUUGACGAAGGCAUGCAAUCUUCAACGUCCUCUGGUUUCCAUUUUGACCGUUUGAUUUUCGAUAUUAUUUUAGAAAUACCGCCACAGUGCCAAACAGGAAAAGUUGUCUAUGAUCAUUGUCGAAGGCGUUGCAAGUGUGUUAACGGUAAACUUGUGAAUUGUUGCCGAGUGCGAACACAGUUUACAGAAAUGACUGAAGAAGAGCGAGCACGAUAUAUUCAAGUAAUUAAAACUGCCUCAACUAACCCAUUGUUUAAGAAACGAUAUGAAGCCUUUUUGACGGUACAUAAGACCAUCUUCAGGACAGGUAUUCACCAGGCUACAUUCUUCCUACCGUGGCAUCGUUGGUACAUUCUACAGUAUGAAAACCUACUGCGCGAAAUUGAUUGUAGUAUUACAGUGCCUUAUUGGGAAUCUGCUGAGGAAGCAAAUGAUGCACUGGCAAGUGAUAUGUGGAUCACAGGGGACCAUGGGUUUGGAGGAAAUGGUACCGGGUCAUCAAGCUGCGUCCAAGAUGGUCCAUUUAGAGCUGAGGUACUUUUCAGUUUUGCAUAGUUUGCGAAUUACGCCGUUAAGGCAUAAAAUAACAUCACUAGUCAGUGCUUUAACGGACAACUUUUAAUACUAUAACAUGCGCUCAGUUUUCACGGCUAAAUCUGAACUAAUUAAAGAUGUAGAUAUAUUAAUUAUUCACAGCAGUCUUCCAAGAGGAGGAUUAGUUUGGUGAUUACUAUGUACGUAGGCCUAAUUGGGCAAGAUUGGAUCUUUUACAAAGAAUUUUCCAAUUUUUAACGUUAUUAAUUUCCUUAACUUCAUUAUUUACGAAUAGGUAUGGUCAGUAAUUGAAAGUGCUGGUGGAGGAUGCCUGACAAGGAACUUCAAUGGUCGUUUUCCUGAUUGCAUCACCGUAAUGGAAGCGCUGUUGGAGUUUUCAAAUGUUAGCAGUUUUGAAGACUUUGAAUAUUUCUUACACCGUGAAUUUCAUGAUGCUGUGCACUGUGUCAUCGGCGGACAAAUGUGUACUGAUAAUUCCGCAUCGGCCCCAGAAUUUUUCCUACACCAUGGUUUUGUGGAUAAACUUUGGUCAGAUUGGCAGAGGCAGAGUAAAGAACACACAAAGAAUGAGCAUUUUACAUCACAGACUGUCAUGAUGCCCGCAACGAACCACUUACCUAAAGAUUUGUUAAAUGUUCGUGAGCAGCCGGGAUGUGUGUGUGUGCAGUAUCGUGAUCCUGGAGAUGAAAUCUACCAAACCCUCUUGGGUAAGUCAUAGUCAUUUCUAUAGGGACUCCAAUAUUAUAUGCAUGAGCAUUUUCAAUCAAACACUUCAGUUUUACAUGGUAGACUUGUAAAAGAAUGUCACCAAAUGGUUAUCUCGACCCGUAUAACUGUUUGAUUAUGGAUCUUUAUAACUUUUUAAAUAAUAUAACUAUAUAUAAGUAGGAUUUAACUUGCAAUUUGAUCGGGUAAUGUGCGUACAUUAUAACGCAAUAAUGCACUGUGGUCCGAGGCACGGUGGUCUUUUUGUCUCAUCAGUUUCCCCCCGCUUCAGUUCUGCUUUUUAGCCAAAAAUGUGAACAUAAUUAACUUCGGGGAAUGUUGGGAGAAUACCCGAGAAGGGUGUAAAAGCGUACAUACUUCUCUUGUAUUCUCCCAAAAUUCUGGAUCCCCGCGUGCAUUGUCACACCAUAAACGCACGCGACUCGUUUUCUAUUUUAACUGAUUUCCUCGUUGGAGCCUCAUGAUGCAUGAUGGACACGAAAACAUCCUUUAAGCCAGUUUUCGACUUCAAGCGUACCGUACCGAAACGUAUCAAACACAUUUUUAAAUUUCAAAAUUUAGUGAAUGUUGAUUGGUUAAUACUUCCGUAGUACGCCAAAAAGUUGACUUGCGACAAACGUUUCGUUUUAAUACGCGAAUACACCCUGAAGUACGUAGAUUCAUUAACCUCUUUUCAAUCUGCGCAUGCUCACUAGUACGUUUCGUUUCGGUACGGUACGAUUGAAGUGGGAAACUGCAUGGCUUUAUUAACAAAAGAAAAUUGUCCGACUAAUGUGUUUUAAAUCUUAUACAGAUCAUUCAGAACCUUUAUUUUUGAAUCUUAAAAUCUUGAAUAUCUACCAAAUUAAUGAUCAUCUUUGCAGUCAAUUUAUGUAUCCCCGAAUGAAUUAUGAUCAAAAUUUGCCAAACCUUUACAAUUAUUACUUUAUUCAAAAUAAAGAAUUGCAUAAUUAUAAUACGCGAAACUCUUCAAAAUUACAUUAGUUAUAAGAGAACGAACUAUAGCGUUCACACCGUUUUUAACAAGGGAAUUUCGGUUAUAUAUAUAUAUAUAUAUAUAUAGAUUCAUGUAUUUAAUUUUAGUCAAAACAAUAUAGAGGCCUUAAUUAUAUCAAAAGUCCAACAGGAUUUCAAAACGUCCCUAGCUCCUUUAUAUUAUUGUAUUUUACUAUUUUAACUAUAUUUUAAAUAUUUUGUGAGCAAAUAUAUUCUAUUAUUAUUAUGACAUCUCAUUAUUUUCACUGAUAAAUUUCGUGGAAGUAUACGUAAUUAUUUCAAAUUUCAUUGUCAUAUGUGAUUUUAUACGAGACGAUGAUCGGAAAAUAGCAAAAAUAGCCCCAUUAUACUACCGUAUGCAUUGACAAAGUACUAAACAGGUUGCUAUCGAUUGCUAGUCAGAUCAUGUUGCCGGAUUUACUAUUUAAUCGUGAAAUUAUUAUCAUCCGUAAUGUAACGUAUAAAUAAUAUUGCCGCUUUGCCUUGAAACAUAUAGUUAAUCAAAAUAACUACAGCGCCUAAUUUUUUAUACAAUAAAACAGCUGUUUGAAGUAAAAAUAAUUAAAUAACAAAAAUAAAAUGGUUCAACAAUAAUAUAGAUUUCUCAGAUCUAUAUCAGUUCCGAGUUAAUUUAUCUCUCCAUAAAACAUUAAAUAAUUUUUAAACAGGUUCAAUUUUCCCUCCACAGCAUUCUCCAAGAAACAGAUAGAAGACCUGCCGAGGGUGCAAUUACCUCCCUAUCCAGCACGAGCAAGAAAAUUGUUUGAUGUCACUGAAAAGGAUAUACAACAAAUGGAAAAGAUCCGCUCUUUUUUACAACCCGUCAAUGUAUUGCGCGAAGAAGAGUUGACAGGUCAAGAUCGGAUCCUAGGGUUUAAGAAAGAGGAUCUAGCCAAGGAGUGGGCAAGAGGUAUGUAG